AUGAACUAUAGUUGGAUUGUCUUUCGAGAAUUUACACACGAAUCAUUCCAACGUAUUGAACGUUAUCGACAAGAAGAAUCUGAAUGUAUUGCUUCUGAACAAUUAGAACAACAAACAAUAUGUAAAGAUGAUAAUGAUAAACAUCGUUGUAUGAUUAAGUCAUUAAAAAAUGAAACAAUGAAACCUAAACGAAUGCCUAAUAAGGAAUUGGCCGUUGGAGAAAUAUUACCACGAAUUUUACAAUAUAGAUUUCCAUCUGAACUUAUUGGAGAACCAAUUGAAGAAAUCGAUUCUUAUUAUCGUACAGACUAUGCAUUUAUGGUUAUUAAUCGAAAUAACACAAUAUUUCGAUUUAGUGCAACAUCAGCUUGUUUUAUAUUUUCUCCAUUUAAUUAUUUUCGACAUUUAGCUAUACGUAUAUUAAUACAUCCACUUUUUAAUACAUUGGUUAUGCUUACUAUAUUAACUAAUUGUGUAUUUAUGACAUUUAAAAAUAUAUCAGAAGUGAAUGAAUAUGUUUUUACAACAAUUUAUACACUUGAAGUGUUAAUAAAAUGUGUUGCACGAGGAUUUAUUCUAGAAAAAUAUACAUUUUUACGUGAUCCAUGGAAUUGGUUAGAUUUUAUUGUAAUUAUACUUGCAUAUGUAACAUUUUUUAUCAAUUUGGGAAAUGUUGCAGUACUACGAAUAUUUCGUGUAUUAAUAACUAUUGCAGUUGUACCUGGUUUAAAAACAAUUGUUGGUGCUUUAAUACAAUCUUUAAUUUCUCUACGAGAUGUGAUGAUUUUAUCAAGUUUUAUUCUUUCUAUAUUUGCUUUGAUCGGAUUACAACUUUAUAUGAGCGUUCUUCGACAAAAAUGUGUACCAACUUAUGAAUCUUUUUUAAAUAGUUCAAAUCUUUACAAUAUUGGAUUUAAUAUGACAUAUAAAGUCUAUUUGAAAGAAAUUGAUAAUGAAACUUAUUGGCAUAAAGAAAAUGACAUUUUUCUUCUUUGUGGUAAUGAAAGUGGAAGUACAAAAUGUCCUCCAGGUUAUGUUUGUUGGAAAAAUCGAGGCAAAAAUCCUGAUUUUGGAUAUACAAGUUUUGAUAAUUAUGGUUGGGCUAUGCUUGCGUGUUUUCGAUUAAUGACACAAGAUUAUUGGGAAAAUCUUUAUCAAUUAAUACUGUCAGCAGUUGGUCGUUAUCAUUUUUUAUAUUUUGUUGCUGCUAUAUUUUUUGGUUCAUAUUAUUUACUUAAUUUAAUCUUAGCUAUUGUCUUCAUGUCUUAUCAACAACAACAAAAACAAGUUGAAAUUGAAAAUGAAGAACGUAAAAGACGUAAAACUCGAGAUAAACUUGAAAUACAAAAUGAAGAAAUACGAAAAACAUCUGAAAUUCAGACACUUUCACAUGUUGAAAAUGUACAAUGUUUUGAAGAUUUAAAUCGUAAAAUUUCAUCUCACAAAAGUGUUUCUAUUGAAUAUGAACAAAAUGGAAAAACAAACGAAUUAAAUAAGUCAAGUUUUAUUUUGUCUGAUGCUACAAUAAUACCAUUUAUUGACGAAACACAACAAAAUUCAGCAAAUGAAGAUAGAAAAAGUCAACGAACAAAUAGUGAUCCUUAUUUAUCAGAACGAAAUCAAAAUGAUAAUGAUACAACUAUUACACUUUAUCAAGACAGAUCGCAUAUAAAAUAUACUCCAAUUACUGAAGUAUUACCUGCACAAGAAUUGGAUAGAAUAAGUGUUCGAUCAAAAAAUAUGGAUACAAACAACACAUGUAAUCGAACAUUAGUUAAACUUCUACGAAUUUAUUGUUGGGAAUGGAGUUGUGAAUCAUCCAUAUUUCGAAAAUUUCAAGAUGCUAUUGCUUUUUUUAUAUUGGAUGCAUUUGUUGAUUUAUUUAUUGCAAUAUGUAUUAUAUUAAAUACAUUAUUUAUGGCACUUGAUCAACCUGGUCAAAGUGAAAAAAUGACACGAAUUUUAACAGCAGGCAAUUAUAUUUUUACAAGUAUCUUUGUAGCUGAAUUUAUACUAAAAAUAAUUGCAUUGACACCAGUUAAAUUUUUAAAAAAUGGAUGGAAUGUAUUUGAUUUAUUAAUUAUUACAGGUAGUCUUAUUGAAUUAUGUCUUGCUGAUAUAAAUGGUUUAAGUGUUUUACGUUUAUUUCGAUUAUUACGUGUAUUUAAAUUGGCUAAAUCUUGGCAAACAUUGAAUCGUCUCCUGACAAUUAUUGGCAUAUCAAUAGGAGCUUUAGGAAAUUUAACAUUGGUUCUUAUUAUUAUAAUAUUUAUGUUUGCUGUUAUGGGAAUGCAGUUAUUUGGUGAUAAAUAUGCAAAUAAAUUUGGUAAAAAUAUGCCAAGAUGGAAUUUUUUUGAUUUUUUUCAUGCAUUCAUGAUUGUUUUUCGUGUCUUAUGUGGUGAAUGGAUUGAAUCAAUGUGGAUAUGUCUUGAAUGUGCUGGAUGGCCAUGUAUUCCAUUUUUUCUAUUGACAUUUGUCGUUGGUAAUCUUGUGAUAUUAAAUUUAUUUUUGGCACUUUUACUUGCAUCAUUUGAUUCAAAUAAUUUAACAGAAAAAGAAGAUGAUGAAAAUAAAAUUGGUGAAGCAAUUGAUCGUAUUAAACGAUUUGUUUAUUUUCUAAUUGAAUUUAUGUUUCAUUUAUUUUGUCGAAAAAAACAACGACAAAAAAAGAUUUCUAUCGAAAAUAAUAUCAAUGAAUUUGUAACUGAUAAUCAACCACCUUCUGCUAGACAAGAAUCAGUUAAUUAUCUUUCUUUACCAACAUCAUAUACAUUAGAAGAUACAAAUGCUUCAGUACUUUUAACGAAUGAUUUAUCAACAAAAUAUAAAGAAAUUGAAAUGCAACCAAUGAAUAAUAAUUCUAUGAAAUCAUCUUCUCCAACAUGUGAAAUUCUUCAUAUACCACCAGAUUGUUGUCCUAAAAUAAUAUCAAAAUCUUUUUCUUGUUGUACUAAAUGUAUACCAAAACUUAUUCAAGAACAAUGGACAUAUCUACGUAGUCUAGUUCAUCGUUUUGUUGAACAUCGUUUUUUUAAAUGGUUUAUUAUUAUUAGUAUAUUAACUAGUAGUACAACUUUAGCUUUAGAAGAUGUAAAUACAAGACAACAACCAACAUUUUUUGAAGUAUUAGCUACAUUUGAUAAAAUUUUUGCAUUUAUUUUUGUAAUUGAAUUAAUAUUAAAAUUGUUUGCAUAUGGAAUAAAAAAUUAUUUUACAAAUGGUUGGAAUUGGUUAGAUUUUAUUAUUGUAGUUGUUAGUAUUCUUGGAAUUAUUCUUGAUAUAUUUGAUGUAGCUGAUAUUCCAAUGUUUAAAUCAAUGAGAACAUUAAGAGCAUUACGUUCAUUAAAAGCAAUGUCAAGAUUUGAAGGAAUUCGAAUUGUUGUUAAAGCAUUAUUUGGUGCUAUAUCAUCAAUUUUUAAUGUUUUACUUGUUUGUCUUGUAUUUUGGUUGCUAUUUUCAAUUAGGGGUGUACAAUUAUUUGGUAGAAAAUUUUAUAAAUGUGUCUAUGUUGAUACACAUGAUCGUGUUAAUAUAUCAGAAAAUAUAACGAAUAAAAUUGAUUGUUUAAAUAAAAAUUUUACAUGGGAAAAUUCACGAAUUAAUUUUGAUAAUGUUUUUAAUGGUUAUUUAGCUUUAUUUCAAAUUGCAACUUUCAAUGGUUGGCUUGAAAUAAUGGCUGAUGCAACCGAUGCUAAAGAAAUAGAUGCUCAACCAGAAUAUGAGAUUAAUGUUUAUAGCCUUAUUUAUUUUGUUUUAUUUAUUAUAUUUGGUUCAUUUUUAACUCUCAAUUUAUUUGUUGGUGUUGUUAUUGAUAAUUUUAAUGAACAAAAACGAAAAUUAAGAGCUGAUAGUUCAAUACAUAUAUUGAUGACAGAAGAUCAAAAAAAAUAUUAUAAUGCUAUGAAAAAAAUGAGUAAUAAAAAACCAACUAAAGCAUUAUCAAGACCAAGAUUUGCUCUUGGAAGAUUUCUUUUUGAUUUAACAACAAAUCAAAAAUUUGAUACAUUUAUAAUGAUAUGUAUUUUUCUUAAUAUGCUUUGUAUGUGUCUUGAACAUUAUAAUCAAAGUGAUACUUAUGAUCUUGUUCUUGAAUAUAUUAAUCAUUUUUUCGUUGCAAUAUUUUUUAUUGAAUGUGUUAUGAAAUUAAUUGCAUUAAAUUUGAAAUAUUUUACUAUUCCAUGGAAUCUAUUUGAUUUUAUCAUUGUAAUUGGAUCAAUUCUUAGAGGACUAUUAGAAGAAAUUAUAGAAAAAUAUUUUAUUAAUCCAACAUUAUUACGUGUUGUUCGCGUUGCACGUGUUGGAAGAAUAUUACGUUUUGUGAAAGGAGCAAAAGGUAUUCGAAUAUUAAUGUUUGCAUAUGCUGUUUCGGUGCCUGCCUUGUUUAAUAUUGGCCUUUUUCUUUUCCUUAUCAUGUUUAUCUAUUCAAUAUUUGGUAUGUCAUUUUUUGCUUAUGUAAGAAAAUCAGCUGGUAUAACAGAUUUAUUUAAUUUUGAAACAUUUCCUAAUUCAAUGAUUGUACUUUUUCACAUAUGUACAAAUGCUGGUUGGUCUGAUGUUUUUCAAGCAUUAACAAAUGAUCAACCACCAGAUUGUGAUCCAACUAUAAUUUCACCAUCAAAUAAAGGUGAUUGUGGUGAUACAAUUAUUGCAACAUCAUAUCUAGUAAGUUAUGUAAUAAUUACUUCUCUUGUUGUGGUAAAUAUGUAUAUUGCAGUAAUACUAGAAAAUUUUUCUCAAGCACAAGAAGAUGUACAACAAGGCUUGACAGAUGAUGAUUAUGAUAUGUGUUGUGAAAAAUGGCAACGUUUAGAUCCAUCAGGUUCACAAUUUAUACAAUAUGAUCAAUUAUCAGAUUUUAUUGAUAGUCUUGAACCACCAUUACGUAUUCCUAAACCAAAUCAAUUAGCACUUGCUGCUAUGGAUUUACCAAUAUGUGAACAUGAUCGUAUACAUUAUGUUGAUAUAUUUGAUGGUAUUACAAAAUAUUUUCUAGGUAUAUUUAAUGUAUCAGUAGUAAAUAGUGAAGCUAAUACAUCAAUUGAUAUAAAAAAAGAUCGUCCAAAAAAUUAUCAUCCUAUAACAACAACAGUACAACGUCAACAUGAACUUCAUUUGAGUCGAAUGGGUUUAAAAGGUUUCCGAGAUAAUGUUGAACGACGUCGAAAUGAACGAAAAAAUCGAGAAUCAAUAGUUAGAAAAGCUACAAUUGACGAACUCAUUGAAUCAGAUGAGUUAUAA